UUCGUCAGCACGGGAGAGGACACUCUCGUUUCGGGAUCCGUUGAGGUUGCACACGUUUUCACGAGAGGAGCGCCGCCCGUUUACUGCGACGCGCUCCAUUCUGCGCCGCUCCUAUCAGAUAAUCGUGUAUCAUCGCAAUACCGUGCUAGUGAUCACCUUGAAUAAUCUCUAUCAAGCGUCCGUUUAUUGUAAAACCAUCGUAUGCGGCAGCCGAUGCCGUGCGGCAGUGUGUUGUGCAGUGUGUGACAGUACGUCGCAAGAGGAUACAGUGUUGCCGGAUCGUGGGCGCGAAUGCACAGCAAAAGCGGUACGCUCCUAUUACCAAACUCCGUGAACAAGAUCGUGCGUGUGAGUGCUCGUAGUGAUACAGGACGAUCAAUACGUUUUCGAUUGCAACGGAAUAUCGUGAACGGCGCAGCGGCACCGUGAAUUCUGGAAUUUAUCGGUAGUACGCCAGUGACAUUUGGUGCGAUGCUAUCGACGGAAUAAACCUGGCAACAUCGCAUCGACUGCUCUCGCGCACAAAUACACGCAUACACGUACCUAGAAGGGAACUUGGGGUGGCUGGCUAGCAGGCAGGCGGCAGCCAGGCAGGCAAGGCAGGCAGGCAGCAGGCAGGCAGCUUUCUUGUUCCGAGGACGGCGCUCCUGGUCGCGCCGUCUCUCUUUUCUACCUCCAUUGCGCUUGCUCUUCUCUCCCUUUUCUCCCUGCCCUUCUCGUCCUCGGUCACUCAAUCACACUCUCCUUCUUUUGCUUUCCCUCUCUCUCACACAUACACAGGCACACUCUUCUUCUCUUUCUUUCCCGUGCGCGGCGCACGUACCGUUGAGAGCUUCUGCCUCCCCCUUUAGUGCUCUUUCUCUACUGUUACCCCCUCCUCUCCUAACCUCGAGCGGGUCGGGCGAGUCCACUAAGCUUGCAAGGGGAGUUCGGCAGACCUCGGCUCUAGUCGGCCUCGAUCCGCAGAAUGUGCUAGACGCUGUGAGUCGAUCGCUCCAGUUUUGGAACAUUCUCAUAUACAGAGCCUGUCCGGUAAUUACAAGGCUUGGAAACGUCUUUUUACGACUCUUUCGCGGUUCCACAAGUUUCUGGUGGCUCUAUCGACGUUAGUUUUCACCGUCAGCUUGGGACGCACUCGACCAGCGUAUAUCCGUACGACGGCCAUGUUUGGUGUUUACGAGGUGAGGGGGAAUCGCUGACGUCACGAGCCCCGAUCUCGCACGAAGAGAGCAGCAGCAGCAGCAGCACCAGCACCAGCACCAGCAGAAGCAGAAAACGUGUUGCCGGCCAACACAGACACCGAACUCCGUUCACGACUCCGAAAAAGACGAAACGCAGUCUAGUGAGACCGUAUACCCGACGAUAAUCGUACACGGGAUUGCUGUGCGGUGAACACACGGGGAAAGAACUCGCGGCGCGCAAACUGUGCCGCCUGAAAUUCCCUUCCCGAUGGGACGUGCGUAUACGCCGACUUCGCUCGUGUUCGCCGGUCUUGCCGCGACUACUGGCCUUUCAAAAAACAUCGGUCGCAUUGCCGCCUCUCCGCUGAAAUAGCAGCCACUCUAAUCACCGUCGGUCGAGACCGAUCAGUGCGGAAAACAUCGAGCGAUGCCGAGUAUUCUCGUAUACGGAGCGACAACACGUGCCGCGUUUCGUUUCACAUGAUCGUCAUCGAAAAUGUUCCACACGUCGAAGAUGCGAUCGAAUUGAUCGCCCUUCGAAAACACGUGGUCAUCGUAUUUCACGUUGUGUAACACCGAUAGUGUUAUUCGAAAGCCGUUCAGUGAAAUCGGCGCUACACAGCCAACAGUGAAACAACGAUACGUCUCGAUUCGUUUACAAGUGUGUUUACGUGUGUCAUCACGAUUUUCAAAGUAUCAUCGUGCUCUAUCCCGGUGUCGGUACAUAUGUUGUUACAUUGCUCGGUGUGGUUUGCUAGUGACACACAUCAUCCUUCUCUCGGACAUAAUAACAGCUCUUACGUACGUCUGACGGGCAAGGAUUAAAAGGAUCAUGGAUCUAGGUGACAGAGUUUAUGCUGCGGAACGGAUUACGAAGAAGAGGGAAAAGCGGGGUAAGGUGGAAUAUUUCGUGAAAUGGAAAGGCUGGAGUAAAAAAUAUAACACGUGGGAACCAGAAGAGAACAUUUUAGACGUCAGGUUAAUUGAAUUAUACGAAGAAAGUCAAAAAGGUGGGGAUGUAUCCACGAGAAGACCCAGGCGGAGGGAUACCAGAUACAAUGAUCAAGUUCUUGCUAAUCUGGUCGUUGAAGAAGAACCAGGUGGAGACGAGAGGGUUGGAGAAGACAGUCAGGAUGAAUCCACUACCGGUAGUACAUCAGCUCCUCGGUUGAAUCCUGUUGCGCCUGACGAAGAUACACUUCCGAGUUCUCUUGAUGGACACGAAUCGCCCAUUGCUCCGGAAUUAUCUGCAUCCGCGUUCAGCGUCGAUUCAGAUAGUUCUAAUAGCAGUGUGGACGGUCCUCUGUUGCCGAGAAAAGAGCCAACGGGCACGAAGAGGAAGGCUGAAGUUCUUAGUAAAGAAUCUGGGAAAAUCGGUGUUACUAUAACCACAAGCAGUCCUAGUAGUGGCAGUGGAAGUCCACCGCCGAAUAAGAUUCCUCGAUUAUUACCUCUGAAGAGCAAUCCUACGUCCCCUUCUUUCCACAGUCACAAAAUUAAUGGUAGGAGGCUGUCGUCGUCCAGUGUAAAAUCGACGCCAGAGGAACCGUUGCCUGCGGUACCGACAACACCGGCACCAGCGGUACAGGAUAAAAAGCGACCUGAAGCAGACGUUCCUCACGGUCCUCCACCCUCGCUGCCGCGUGCACCACCGGCUCCCCUUUCGCCUCAGAUAGACACGCCUCUAGAGCAGCCUACCAAAAAGAGGCAUUUGUCGGAACAAAAACAAGAAAAGUCGAACGGAGCUGUGACGGUCGACGCGAAUGGUCAUAAAUCUCCAAGUCCCACAGAUUCUUACACGAAUAACAACAGGUUAGCGCCCGUCGUAAAUGGACACCAUAGUCAUAACAACAACAACAACCAUAAUAAUAACAAUAUUAACAACAACAAUAACAACAACAACAAUACAUCGAGUCUGAAGCAAACAGAGAUCACAAAGACAGACAUGUAUGUCCCCUUGUCCAGUCCUGGCACGGAUUACUGGCACGCGAGGAAUCCGGUUGCUGAUCAGGUGUUCAUUACGGACGUGACGGUGAAUCUGAAAACCGUUACCAUCAGGGAGUGUAAGACUGAAAAAGGAUUCUUCCGGGAGAGGGAUCCUAAAAGCGAUAUCUAUUAACGUUCUUUGAUUAGGGACGUAAUAAUAAUAAUAAUAAUAACAACAACAAUAAUAAUAAUGCUAAUAAUAUUAUUAAUAAUAAUAAUAAUAAUUUAAGUUAAGGAUUCGAACUAUUUGUACAUAUAAAUUAUUUUCGCACGUCGAGUGGCAAGUCGAGGAUAUAAUGACUAUACCAAGCGAAUUCAAGACUUUUCUAAGAUACAAACGGACUUCGUGAUCACACGAAGAGUCAAGGAUAUAUAUUAUUCGCAGAAAAGUUUCACUGCUCAGUUGGUUGCCGGAUAUCGUAUCGUUUCGAAUGAAAACACGAACUUUUUGAUUCGGCGAUACUAAUAACCGUGGAUUUUCUCUGAGACAGUGUAAAUCAACGAUACGGGGACAACGGGGACUACCGUCGUGAGACGAUGUCCAACGAAAACGAAUGAAUCAUGAUUCGCGUCGUGUGAUAUAUA